AGUCUAGGAGGAAAGGCACAACCGGCGGGACGUGUAGGUGUCGACUUUCCCGACUUACAAGUCUCUGAGGGCCUCGCAGCGCCCCGCGCCCCGCGCGCGGAGCUCUGCCGCGUUGCAUUAUGGACCACAGAGCCUAAAGGAACGCGGAGUCGUGCCCCGACUCCAGGCCUACCGCUCCAGUUUACCUAGUGCCGCGGGUGGGGGCCAGAAGGAGCCGCUACACGAUUUCGUCAUAAAACCGCGACCAGACAGGCGGCGCCAUCUUCGAACUUGGACUUCCGGAAGGACUUUGGCGCGGGGACAGCCAUUUUGGGGGGUGCUGAUGGAUACCUACGGGGUCGGCUGUGUUGCCCUAGGGGAGGCCGGCCCCGUGGGGAACAUGACUGUGGUAGACUCUCCUGGACAAGAAGUGCUAAACCAGCUUGGUGUCAAGGCCCCCUCAGAAACAACCAGUAUGGAGGCCUCCAUAGAGAUGUCACUACCUACUCCUUUGCCUGGAUUUGAGGACUCUCCUGGUAUGAGGAGGUUUCCUCCAGAUCAGGAGAGCCUCUCCAGACUGGAACAACAAGAUCUUUCUUCAGAGAUGUCAAAGGUUUCAAACCCUAGGGCCUCAAAGCCUGCCCGGAAGAGAGGUAGUAGGACACGAAAAGGCCCCAAAAGGCCCCAACAGCGUAAAGCUCCAUCAGCCCCUUUGGUUCCUGGUCUCUUAGAUCAAUCCAACCCUCUAUCCACCCCCAUGCCUAAGAAACGAAGUCAAAAGUCCAAGGGAGAUCUGCUCCUGCUGAAGUUGUCCAAAGGCCUAGAUCAGCCAGAGUCUCCACCUUCAAAGAGGCCCCCUGAGGACUUUGAGACCCCUUCUGGGGAACGACCCCGCCGAAGGGCUGCCCAAGUGGCCCUUGUGUAUCUUCAGGAACUGGCUGAAGAGCUCUCUUCAACCCUGCCAGCUCCAGUGACCUGUCCCAAGAGCCCCAAGGCGAGUAGCCCCACCAGACUGAAGAAGACCCCGCAGCAGGCAGCCUGUCAUGGUGGAGAAGAGGAUGCUAUUAUACAGGAUGAAGACUUUGUUCUCCAGGUUGAGGCUGAAGAUGGGGCAGAAAGUGAGGCCCCAAGUGAGGCCCUAUCUGACCCUGAGCCUGCAGUGCCUCGAAGCACCCCUCGAGGAUCCACUUCAGGGAAGCAGAAGCCGCACUGCCGGGGAGUGGCUCCCAAUGGCUUACCCAAUUACAUCAUGGCCCCUGUUUGGAAGUGCCUCCAUCUCACCAAGGACCUCCGAGAACAAAAGCAUUCAUUGUGGGAGUUUGCAGAAUGGAUUCCUCUAGCCUGGAAAUGGCACUUGUUAUCUGAACUUGAAGCAGCUCCCUACCUGCCCCAGGAGGAGAAGUCUCCACUGUUUUCUGUACAACGUGAAGGCCUUUCUGAGGAUGGCACACUGUACCGAAUAAAUAGAUUUAGCUCAGUCACAGCACAUCCAGAACGCUGGGAUGUGUCCUUCUUCACUGGGGGUCCACUGUGGGCUCUGGACUGGUGCCCAGUGCCAGAGGGGUCAGCAGCCUCGCAGUAUGUGGCCCUUUUCUCCAGCCCUGACAUGAAUGAGACACACCCAUUGAGCCAGCUCUACUCAGGCCCUGGGCUGCUGCAGCUCUGGGGCCUUGGGACCUUGCAGCCAGAAAGCUGUUCUGGCAACAGGGCCCACUUUGUCUAUGGGAUUGCCUGUGACCACGGCUGUAUCUGGGAUCUCAAGUUCUGCCCCAGUGGAGCGUGGGAACUUCCAGGCACCCUUCGAAAGGCUCCUCUCCUGCCCCGGUUGGGUCUCUUGGCUCUCGCAUGCUCAGAUGGAAAGGUGCUGCUGUUCAGUCUGCCACAUCCUGAGGCCCUGCUGGCUCAGCAGCCCCCAGAUGCAAUGAAGCCUGCCAUUUAUAAGGUACAGUGUGUGGCAACCCUGCAGGUGGGGUCAAUGCAAGCUUCAGACCCCUCUGAAUGUGGUCAGUGCCUUAGCCUGGCCUGGAUGCCUACCAGGCCCCACCACCACCUGGCUGCUGGAUACUAUAAUGGCAUGGUGGUUUUCUGGAACCUUCCCACUACUUCACCAUUGCUACGGAUACGGCUCUCUGAUGGCUCCUUAAAGCUCUACCCCUUCCAGUGUUUCCUAGCCCAUGACCAGGCGGUGCGUACACUUCAGUGGUGCAAAGCUAACAGUCAUUUCCUAGUCUCUGCGGGGAGUGACCGAAAAAUCAAAUUCUGGGACCUUCGGCGACCUUAUGAACCAAUAAACUCUAUCAAGCGCUUCUUGAGUACAGAACUAGCCUGGCUGCUGCCCUACAAUGGUGUCACUGUGGCUCAAGACAACUGCUAUGCCUCUUAUGGACUCUGUGGAAUUCAUUAUAUUGAUGCUGGUUACCUUGGUUUCAAAGCCUACUUUACUGCUCCUCGAAAAGGCACUGUCUGGAGUCUUUCAGGAUCUGACUGGCUUGGGACAAUAGCUGCAGGAGAUAUAUCUGGGGAGCUCAUUGCAGCUAUAUUGCCUGAUAUGGCAUCGAACCCAAUAAAUGUCAAGCGACCGGCAGAGCGAAGAUUUCCUAUAUAUAAGGCAGAUCUGGUUCCAUAUCAGGACAAUCCUGAAGGUCAGGAUCUUUCUUCUGCUUCAUCUGGGAUCCCUGAUCCUCCCAAGGCUCGAACUUAUGCUGAAACUGUCAACCAUCAUUACUUGCUUUUUCAAGACACAGAUCUGGGUUCCUUCCACAAUCUGCUCCAUAGAGAACCCAUGCUGCGCAUGCAGGAGGGAGAAGGUCAUUCUCAGCUCUGCUUGGACAGGCUACAGCUCGAGGCUAUUCAUAAGGUACGUUUCAGCCCAAACCUGGACUCCUAUGGAUGGCUGGUAUCUGGGGGGCAGUCAGGGCUGGUUCGGAUCCAUUUCGUCCGUGGACUCACCUCCCCACUGGGUCACCGUAUGCAGCUUGAAAGUCAAGCCCACUUCAGUGCUAUGUUCCAACCAUCCUCCCCAACUAAAGGGCCUGGCUUCCCUCCAGCCAGCCAUCGCCUUCUGUCUAAUCCCUAGUCUUGGUCCUCACGGGACCCUUGGAAUGAAGUCUGCCAAGAACAAAUGGGCACCAUGCUCAGAGCCAUAAGAACUAGGGCCUUCUUGGACAGCGUGGUGCCAAGCCUGGACCUUUAGGCCUUCUUCCCCAGGACUCCUUAGAUCCUCUUUUUUCCAUAGACUUCUAUGGUCACAGCCCCCUGCGGGUAGGGGGGCUCUCCCUCCACAAAGGCUCCUCAGCCUAAUACUAUUGCUCACGAGAAACACUCAGGCCAGACCUAGGCUUGGGAGUCAAAUGGCUCAUAUUGAGCAGUUGUGAAGUAGGUAAAGCUAAGUAAAGGUACUGGGUGUUUUUGAGACCACUUGUGAGUGGGUGUUUGGUGAAUCACAAAGAGUAUUCACAUGAAGGCACCUGUCUGACUGUAUUCCAGGGUACAAUGUUACUGUCUUUCCAAACUUUCUUUACAGUAACCAACACACAGGCCCAAGGGGAAUUUGUUUGACUGAAGCUGGUUAUAAUACUUGUUUAACUGAGGGACACCACAAACACCCUAUCAGUAGAAUAGUAGCUUAGCUCUUACUUGCUCCUGCUUAUGAAAUAUUCCCAAUCACUGGUCAUUUGACCCUACUUGAACACUCCUAGACGGUCAUAUUUUUAAAAUCUUUCUUUAUAGCAAGCCAGAGUAUCUAUUAAUUUUACUCAUGGGUGAUAGGACAUUUAGUUAUUCUUCCUUGUGAUUGCCCUUUUAAGUAUUUAACAAAAGCUAUCAUGUGAUUUCAAAGUCUUCUUUUUCCUGUAGAUUAAAUAUCUUCAGUUAUUUCAACCAUA